AUAUGACAUCAUGAUGCUGGUGAUGUCGCCACAGCCACCGUCCCGAUCAGGUCGCGCGCUCCCGUUUGGCUCUCGUCCAUCAUGUCGUUGGCCGGCGGUCACCGGCGAGGCUACGCGUGGGCGCUCUCCGCCGGCCUAAAUGCCGCCCUGGCCGCCGUCUCCGCGAAGUUCGUCCCUUCUCAGUUUCCUAGAUAUGGCCUGGUUAUAUUGUUCAAUGUCAUUAUGUGGGGCUGCUAUGUUAACAGCCUUAAAGCUCUGUCGUCUCUGCAAGCUACUGUCACAAACUUUGCAGCUAAUUUCCUAACUUCAGGUCUAGCAGGAUUUUUCCUCUUUAAAGAGCCCCUUUCUUCACAGUGGUUUGUAGGUGCCUUUUUCAUCAUACUAGGUGUUUUUGUCCUCAGCAAAUCCAGCAGUCCUAGAAAACUAAGCUCAGAUUAGGAGGUGCUCAGGACAAAAGCAAAUCCGAAGUGGAGAGGAAGUUGCUGCAUGCCUAUUUGUAAGUGUGCCAUUAAUGAUUCAAGUGUCUUUUGGUGCAUGUCACGUUGCAGUAUUAUUUGUUUUGGCAGAAACUCAUAUUGAUUUUACAUGAAGAUUCAAAACAUAAUGGAUCUUGGUUUUUCUGUCAGUAAAGCUAGUACCCUUAACUUCCUUUGUGUAUCUUUUGGACAUUACGAGAUGGUCUUUCUUGGGAUACCCUAGGAUAGAAGUUUCGAUUAGUUGGCUGAUUCUUCAACUCUUCAUUUUUACAUAUAUAUCUUUUGAUGUUUUAGUGUAUCAGAACUGAGUACAAAAUUACUAAAAGAUGGAGAUUCUUUC